CAGGGCACACGCACAAGUUGCUUCAUAUAUUUUGCUCUCUCUCUUCCUCCUAGCUCCUUCCUAUAGCUAGAUAGCUAGCUAGCUAGUGCUCCACUAGAAAGCUGCAGAUAAUAAUCGAGGCCGGUCGGCAAGAAGAGAAGCUCGAGUAAUAAUGGCGAAGCAGCAGCAGGAGGUGUACUUCGUGUUCAUGAACUUUGACCCCGUCUACGAGCGCCUCAGAGCUGAUCGGUCCAAGGAGGGGUCGGCCACGCUGGACGCGUACCUGAGCCUCAAGCACGACAAGCUCCUCGCCAAGCUCCUCCAGCCCGACUCCUAUCGGAAGAGGUCGUCGCUCGCCAUCGUCGACGGGUUCGCCGUCGAGAUCACUGAGGCGCAGGCCAGUGUUCUGAGAUCGGCCAAGGAGGUGAGGGUGGUGGAGAAGAACCAGGAGCUCGCUUGACAGUCAAACGCCAAGGAUUAGUUUUUAUGUGUAGAUGCUUUGGCAUCAGCUAUGGCUAUUGGCUAUAUAAGCCUAGUUUACUAAGGCAAAGGAGAGUCGUUGAGUUCUCCCUAGCUAGUCUCUGUCGCCUUUGCGCGUGUGCAGCUGCAUGCUGUGUGAUGUGAACUCCCAUGGCUUUUGUUGACUCCCAAGUCAAACUUAGCUGCUGCCUGCUGCUUUGUAGUAAAGUAUUUAGUAAUAUAUAGUACAUACUGGACUAGCAGUAUGUAGUUCUUAGGGUCUAAUAAUGAUCAUCAGAGGAUCAACGACACUUUAAGACGGAACCUGUAAUGUUGUGGUGGCUAUGAUUAUUGUUAGUUAAGAAGCUAUAUAUUUCUGUCAGAACAUUGUUAGCAAAGUAA